GCCCGAAGUGCUCCCGCUGCCUUCCCCGCACAGCCCGGGCCGGCCGAGGACGUGAGCACGCCCAGAUCCGCUGGCUGGAGCAGCACCGAUCCGCGGGGCCGAGCGGGAUUUAAAUGUCAUUCAAAGCAUCCCCAAAUCAGCUUUCCGCUCGUCUCCGGUUUAUUCCGAGGCAUUAAUUGGAUCAGACGCUGCAUUUGAAGAGCUCGGGCGUUUUACCCACGAAGGAAAUUUGCUCCAUCUCCAGCAGCAACCACUGCUCCUUUUGAUGUUGUGGUACGCCGUGCGCAUGCGCUUCACAUUAGAAUUACUGCACUGGCCAGAAUAAGUUGGAUCUCUUCUUCUCUUCACUGAAACCCUAAAUCAUAUCAAAAGCUAAAGGGAUGCUGAGAGUCCGGAAAAAGGGUUACUUUGGGAUUUGGUCAUUCCCUUUGAUAAUAGCCGUGGUGUGUGCACAGAGUGUCAAUGACCCUAGUAACAUGUCACUGGUAAAAGAGACCGUGGAUAGACUGCUGAAGGGCUAUGACAUUCGCUUGAGGCCAGAUUUUGGAGGUCCCCCAGUGGCUGUCGGCAUGAACAUAGACAUUGCCAGUAUAGACAUGGUCUCAGAAGUCAAUAUGGACUAUACCUUGACAAUGUACUUUCAGCAAGCAUGGAGGGAUAAGAGACUAUCGUAUAAUGUAAUACCUCUAAACCUUACUCUGGACAACAGAGUAGCUGAUCAGCUGUGGGUUCCUGAUACCUAUUUUCUGAAUGACAAGAAGUCAUUUGUACAUGGUGUCACUGUGAAGAACAGAAUGAUCCGUUUGCAUCCAGAUGGGACAGUCCUUUAUGGACUCAGAAUUACCACAACAGCUGCUUGUAUGAUGGACCUACGGAGAUAUCCGCUGGAUGAGCAGAACUGCACACUGGAGAUUGAAAGCUAUGGCUAUACAACAGAUGACAUUGAAUUUUACUGGCGUGGGGGUGAUAAUGCAGUCACAGGAGUGACAAAGAUUGAACUGCCACAGUUUUCCAUUGUAGACUACAAGCUUAUCACCAAGAAUGUUGUUUUCUCUACAGGUGCCUACCCAAGGCUGUCUCUCAGCUUUAAACUUAAGAGAAACAUUGGUUACUUCAUUCUGCAGACCUACAUGCCUUCUAUUCUGAUCACUAUCCUGUCCUGGGUUUCCUUCUGGAUUAAUUAUGACGCUUCAGCUGCAAGAGUUGCUUUAGGAAUCACAACUGUGCUCACAAUGACAACAAUUAACACCCAUCUUCGAGAGACUCUUCCCAAAAUUCCAUACGUGAAAGCCAUUGACAUGUACCUUAUGGGUUGUUUUGUCUUCGUGUUCAUGGCUCUGCUGGAGUAUGCAUUGGUCAACUACAUCUUCUUUGGCAGGGGACCGCAGCGCCAAAAGAAGGCGGCAGAAAAAGCUGCCAGUGCCAACAACGAGAAGUUGCGAAUGGAUGUCAAUAAGGACAGAAGAAUAAUUGGCACAUAUCAUUGUCCAGAAAUGUAUUCAACAAAGAUGGAUCCGCAUGAAAAUAUUUUGCUGAGCACACUUGAAAUUAAAAAUGAGAUGGCUGCCUCCGAGGCUGUGAUGGGGCUUGGGGACCCUAGAAGCACUAUGUUGGCGUAUGACACUUCAAGCAUCCAGUACCGGAAAGCUGGCUUACCCCGGCACAGCUUCGGUCGCAACGCCCUGGAGCGACAUGUGGCACAGAAGAAAAGUAGGCUACGGAGACGUGCAUCUCAACUGAAAAUUACCAUUCCUGACUUGACUGAUGUAAAUGCCAUAGAUAGAUGGUCGCGCAUAUUCUUCCCUGUUGUUUUUUCCUUCUUCAAUAUUGUCUAUUGGCUUUACUAUGUGAACUAAGAAACAAAGCCACGCAGGAAGCAAGAACUGGAUUUCUCUUCAAAUCGGUUGUACAGCCAAAAGUGGGACUUAGAAAAAUUCUAUUCAGGACAAAAAGUUAUUUUAAAACACCUUAGUUGCUGGCCCACUCUAUGGUCUGUUUUUAUAAUGUUUUGGUUGUAUCUGCUAAAUCGUAAAUAUGUUAAGUUGUAGUAUGGACAUAUCCCCUUCUCAAAAUAUAAGUGCAUUUUGAGCGUGAAAGCAUAGGAUUUUGACAAUCGCUUUUCUCUCAUUGUCCCUCACUCUCUUUUCUUUUUUAAUUGUCUUUUUCUUUUUUUUUUUUAAUGGCCAUUUGAGUUUAGUGAUACACAUUGUACAACAGCAUUUGAGAAACAAGUUCUAGUUUCAACAGCAGUACAUACCAUUCCCAGAGAAACUGCACAGCCGAGCCAUGCAUCUACACUUAGAAGAGUGUACUAAGUUGUUAUCGUGCUUAUGAAACAUCCACACUUUACCUUUUAAAUGUGUAAACUUGAAAACAAGUAGUGCCUAUCAUCUUUCCAAGAUUAUGAUGGUCAGAGGUUUCCCAACCAUAUUCAGGUAUUUCCUGUUAUUUAUUGAAAGAACUAAACCUUUGACUGGUAAUAUUAGGGUUGGGUGUUUGCACAGAAACUGAAGCAAAAAGCACUAGUUUUGUCUGGAUUUUAAAGAGAGAACACAUGUUCACAGUCAAAGUGGCUGUAGUGGUGACCAAUCGAGGAAUGUAGCAAUGGUAUAAAAAUGCAUUAAUUCUGAAUGGGGAGAUACGCUGCUGUUUUGUGUUGGGGAAAGCAAACCCAUCUGUCCAAAGUGCCAAAAUUGGUUGGCCAAAUAGUAAUUCUCGAGGUGGCUGAAGGAAACCAAUGGUGCCCUGCCUUUCUAGGGUAGGGAGAGCUGGAAAGCAGUUGUAAAAUACAGGGCCAAGGGGAGGGAAGGCUACGUAUAUGUUAAAGUGUGUGUAUAUACACACACAGACAUACACACACACAUAUAUGUAUACUGUGCAAUUGAAUGUUGUCAGUUAUAGUACAUACCUUAGUCUGAAAUACUUAUGUGGAGUUGUGUGAUUUCUUCCAAGUUUGCAAUCUUUCCAGUGUUGUGCUUGCUACUGUCAUUACGCUUAACACCUCACAUCCAGUUUGAUUAAAGGUAUCAUACCUCUUUCAACAGCAACCGUCCAAGCAUAUGUAUUUCAGUAGAAAAAAUACUGAGUGUAUUUUCUCAGUCUGGAUUAGGCAAUAUGGUUUCGCUUUUGAUUUUUUUUUUUUUCCUUAAUGCACUGUUUUAAAGGGAAAAAUUUGGUAAGCCAUCACUUUAAGAAUUUAAUUACACUCCUGAAUGUUUCCUGCUUUAGGGUGAUUUCCAUUGAAAAAGUAGCAAACUUCAGUUUUGCUUUAGGAAACUUUUCUAAAUAAAAGGUUGGGUUUGUGGUUUUUUUUCAUCCCAUAGAGCUUUAGUCUUACAGAUGAAAUAGAAUAGACAGAAAGUAGUUUUAUAGCCAAAGCAGAGUUUCCCGUUUAGUCUGUUGUGGAACCUUUUUCUGUAAUUAAAAAAAACAAACAAACAAACCACUUUGUAAGAACUGUAUAAAAAGUAUAAAUUCCUGAUGGCUUUUACUUAAUCCCCAAUACUGUUUGACACAAAAUAUUUCAUGAAGAAAAAGCCACAUCUGUUGUAUCUAUGCUACCUCUCACCUGUGUACAAAUUUCUGAAAGAACCUAGAAUUCAAGUAGCUUCCAAAUAAUAAAGGAAUUUUUUUCAGGCAGAUACUUUUUUCCCCCAUUAGGUAUUCCUUUGGCGAUACUUUAAGCUAGUUCUUAAGAAUAUUUUUCAUAAAAUAUUUUAUUUGAAUCUUUUGUUCUUGCUUUAAAAGAGUGAUUUUAUUACAAGUUUCUGUGGGGUUUUCCCACAUUUGACAGUGAAUAACAGUGAUAGGAGGAAAACAAUUUUGGGAACUAAGAGGCCAAUUUCCUGCCUUUGUUUUGAGCAUAUCAUAUGCUUAUUUCUGCCUCAAAUCAGAGAGAAUAUUUUUGAGCCUGAAGUGGGGUUUGCCAGGCAGACACAGCACCUGUGGGUUUCAAGGGAUCUGUGCGUAUGUUGGUGUACUGCCUCCAGGCUCAGGCUCUGCGAUACGUAGAGGCAGGCUUUCAUCAUGCUGUUAACUUUCCAAGUCAAAAUGUUGCUUUUUGUUCACAUCCUUAGUUUCUGAGUGCACUUCAUGCAUAACGCAGUAAGAUUUGUAGAUGCAUUUGGAAUUUCAACUGAUAGGUAUGAAUCAUGCUGGAAUUGGUUCCCAAUUCUAAGAAAAGGAGCCACAUCAAAAUUCAGUAUUUCUCUUCUAAGUCUGUUCUUUAAAAAUGCUAUCAAUUAUCAUAAAUAAAAGCAGUCUUAUAGUAUUCUUCUGUACAAGCUUUUCUUUCAUUUCACAAAUUGCUGCCAACUCCUUUUUUAUGUCACAGAAGCAUUAGUGUGAAUACAGGGAGCUCACAGCCCGUUUGUGGUUGAUACACGUCAAAUAUAAAAUCUUACAGAGAAUAUGUUGACUCCACAUUGGUUUACUGCAUCAGCUGUUAUGAAAACCACAGAGACUGAAUCCUAGAACUGCACAUUAAUUUAUCUGAAGUUACAGUACAAGCCAUAAUACUCUCUGAUGUCGCUAUUCAGAGAGUGAAAGAAAAUGUCUGGUUUCUGCUCAGGUGUCACUAGGAAAGAUAUAUUAUCUGGGGGGAAGGAGCACUUUUGCUUUUACUACAUCCUUCUGGCUAUUAAUGUGAUGUAUAAAAUUAGCAAAAGAGAAGGAUUCUAUCAUUUUGUACUAAGGCUUAACACUGUGAUACAAAAAGAUGGGGGUAAGACUGGCGAGACACUGUCAAGGGAAAAGCGUGACUCGAGCCCAAGGUGAGCACUUACUCCUCUUCUGAGAUACUUGUGUGAAAGUGAGAAAUUAUGCCAACACACAUGCGAUACGGGGUUUCCUAUGUGUGCUACCCUCCAGGUAAACGAGCAUAAAUUUGCUUUUACUUUGGAAUUGACCGAACAUGAAUAUUCUAGAUCUUUUUAAUCGUGCUAAUUGUUGUUAGUUUCAAUAAACAAAAUAUCUAAGUUAAUAAUUUAGAUAAACCUUGUAAUAUAAUUAUAGUUGCACAUUUUAUUGUUCUCUUAGACAUAAUAGCCAGCAAUUAAGGUGUUUUUCAUCUUUGUGAAAUUCAUGGGCAAAUUAUGACUAUAACAUGGCACAGUUUUAAUGAAAUCUUUGAGAUCAAUCUGUAAAUAUAUACUGUACAUGACUGCUAAUAGGUAUGAUACACAUUUUCAGAACUGAAAAUUCAUGCAACAUAUUUCUGUGUUUGCAUAAGGAAUGUUAUGUUUCUAUCCUAUCACAGUGUAAUGACUGGGAAGAAAGACUCAAGCAAUGACAUUGUGGCCAUUUCUUUUCUCAUUCCCAGGGGAGGAAAACAGAGUCUUAGAAACAGCAUGUCACAGAGUUCUUCAGAGAGUUUUUCAUUCUAUAUAAAAAAGACAUAAAAUCUGUAAGGUACAAAAGCACAAUGCAUAGAGAAAAUGAGUGGUGGUCUUACACCUGGGGAAAAAAAAUUCUAUUUAUUUCAGACAAAUAUGCAUUGAAAUUAAACCUCAAUUAAUUUUCACUGUAAUUAUUAGACUGUGUUCCAAUUCUAUAUUAUAACACAGUACUAAACAUAAGAGAACAGAUGUUAAACAUUUUCCAACUAUAUGUGCAUAUGGACAUAUACCUACAUGUCUAUAUGGACAUAUGUGUGUAUAUAUACACGUACUGAGUAUAUAUAUGCACAGACAUUUAUGUGUUGGCGUGUUAAAGGAAUAAGCUAAUAAUAGUUUUGUUUCUACCAUCAACCAGUGUAUGAAUAUAUUUUUGAGAA